GAGAGAGAGAGAGAGAAUAAGCAACUUUGUUACCAGGCAUAGCAGUGCGUCUCCUCCGGCGGGGAGUGUUAUAAAGAGGAGCGUUUGGCAGAUAUGGUUGAUCAGCACUUCUCGGCUCCUGUGUGGCGGUGCGAUGGAGACGCCACCCCGGCUUCGCGUCCUGAUUCUCACUUCUUCUUCUUCAACGUUUGACGGAUUUACGAUGAACAGCGCGAGGAGACGGUUCACGAGGAGCGCGGCUCCUCCACAGUUCGCAUGAGAGGAGACUGGCGACUCAUCCCUCAGUGAACAUCGUCCCCAGCAACGAGAAAACAUGCAUCCCUGGAUUCUGCUUCUCUGUACGAUUGCAACAUCCAUGAGCGUGGCGGAGAUGUUCCAGAGCUACGGGGACACGUGUGAGCGUCUGUGUGCCUGCGAGGAGAAGGAGGACGUCCUCACCGUGGGCUGUGAGGCCCGCGGCAUCGGGAGUCUCAGCGAGGUCCAGCCCGUGUACUACCCCACCUACCACCUCCUGCUCACCGGGAACCUGCUGAGCAAGCUCUCGGUCGACGACUUUGUGGCGUACACGGGCCUGACCAUCCUGCACCUGGGCAGCAACGACAUCUCGGAGGUGCAGCCGGGGGCCUUCAACGGCCUGCAGGGAUUGAGACGGCUGCACCUCAACAACAACAAGAUCGACGCGCUGAGAGAGGAGCUGUUCUACGGUCUGGAGAACCUGGAGUAUCUGCAGUUGGACUACAACUACAUCACGCACGUGGAGGCGGACUCCUUCAGCCGCCUGAUGCACCUGGAGGUCCUGAUCCUCAACGACAACCUCAUCUCCUCGCUGCCCACCAACGUCUUCCAGCUGGUUCCCCUGACCCACCUGGACCUCCGGGGGAACCAGCUGAAGACGCUGCCGUACUCGGGGCUGCUGGAGCACAUGACGGACGUGGUGGAGCUGCAGCUGGAGGAGAACCCCUGGAACUGCUCCUGCGAGCUGAUCGCCCUGAAGACCUGGCUUGAGAGCAUCUCGUACACGGCGCUGGUCGGGGACGUGGUCUGCGAGUUCCCCUUCCGGCUGCACGGCCGCGACGCCGAUGAGCUCUCCAAGCAGGAGCUGUGUCCUCGCCGGGCCAUCGCCGAGUACGAGAUGCCCCGUCUGAGCAGCGAUGCGUACCAGCGCACGCCUCCCGCCGCCGUCACCUCCCCCUUCACCUCCUCGGGCAUCGCCCGCUCCUCCUCUAGGCCCACCAAAGGACCGCGGCAGUCGGGCAAAUUAAAGUCGAAGCCCACCGCGCGAGUCCCGUCCAAUAAGCCUCAGAAUUACGGUCAAAUUGUUUCAUAUCAGACUAAGUCCCCGGUGCCUUUAGAUUGCCCCGCUGCCUGCACUUGUAAUCUUCAAAUAUCAGACCUGGGCCUGAAUGUUAAUUGCCAAGAGAGGAAAGUAGAGCGGAUCUCUGAUUUAAAUCCCAAGCCGUACAAUCCUAAGAAGAUGUAUCUCACGGGGAACUACAUCACAGUCGUCCGCAGGUCAGACUUCAUCGAGGCGACCGGUCUGGAUUUGCUCCAUCUGGGAAACAAUCGAAUCGCUCACAUACGUGACCGGGCGUUCGGCGACUUGAAGCACCUACGCCGGUUAUACCUCAACGGCAACGUGAUCGAACGCCUCACCGGCGACAUCUUCUACGGCCUGGAGAGCAUCCAGUUCUUGUACCUAGAAUACAACGUCAUCAAAGAGGUGGCCGUCAACACCUUCCAGCACGUCCCCAACCUCCAGCUGCUGUUCCUGAACAACAACCUGCUGAAGGCCUUGCCCGAGGGCGCCUUCACGGGCCUGACGCUCGCCCGGCUGAACCUGCGCAACAACCAUCUCCGCUCGCUGCCCGUCAGCGGCGUGCUGGACCAGCUCUCCGCCCUGGUGCAGGUGGACCUCUUCGAGAACCCCUGGGACUGCUCCUGCUCCAUCCUGGAGCUGCGUAGCUGGCUGGAGCAGCUCAGCACGGGCACCGUGGUCAACAACGUCAUCUGCAGCUCCCCCAGGAAGCUGUCGGGGGAGGACAUGCGGUACAUCAAGACCACCAACUUCUGCCCCAACAACGCGUCCGCCGUGGCCCCCGCGGUCACGCCCUCGGAGGAGGCGUUCCCCGGCAGCACCGUCACCAUAGAGACCUCGCUGGACUCGGACGCGCCGCGCGACGCCGUCCCCCUGUCGGUGCUCAUCCUCGCCCUGCUCCUCAUCUUCAUAGCGUCGGUGUUCGUGGCGGCGGGGCUGUUCGCGGCCGUGAGGAAGAGGCACCAGAAGGCGCAGCACGAGCAGAACAUGUCGGUGAAUGCCUGCAUCAGCUCGCUGAACAUGGAGUACGGCCUGUACAAGAAGGCGGCCAUCCCCAAGGUCCGGACCUCCGCCGGCCACGUGUACGAGUUCAUCCCCCCCCCUGCCGAGCACGCCGCCCCUACCCCCGUCAGCCAACCCCUGGACACGUACCGGGAUCUGGAGGGGUUAAACGGGCCCUUCCUGGGCGACGUCGACCACGAGGCGCUGAGCUCCGAGUACGGCAGCACCGCCACGGAGCCCCCCGUCAUCAGACGCUGCUGCGGCCUCAAGGACGGGGCGUACUACCACAGGGACGCGUCGGAGACGGAACCCCGCGGCCCCCACUGCGGCACGCUGCCGUGCCGGCACAGCGAACACACAUCCGCUCGCUACGACGCAGACUUUGAUGCGAGGCCCCAGUGCACGCACCCCGAGAGAGUACAGCAGCAGACGAUCCUGUACUGCUCCGCUCCCAGUACUGCGUACGCGGCCUCGGAGCCCAGCCGCAGCGAGUACUGGGAGCUGAAAGCCAAGCUGCACAUUGAUCCAGAUUACCUUGAAGUGCUGGAGAAACACACGACUUAUUCACAGUUCUAGCUUUGUAGAGGCGCGUGUGUGUGUGUGUGUGUGUGUGUGUGUGUGUGUGUGUGUGUGUGUGUGUGUGUGUGUGUGUGUGUGUGUGUGUGUGUGUGUGUGUGUGUGUGUGUGCGUGCGUGCGUGCCUGUGUGUGUGUGCGUGUGUGUGUGUAAAGCACGCUGUCUAGGAUCCCCUGUGUAAUAUAUGCCAAUUAUGUAAAUUACAUGAAAUUGUGUUUUUAUUGCAGAUUUUUACCGUCAUUCGGAAUCACUUUGUUUGUGAACAGUAAUUGUAAAUAGAUUCUUUGCUGAAAGCGGGAUGGAGGGUAUUUCUACUUAAGGCAUACUUAACAGAGUAAAGGAUACGGUCUUGGACCGGGAACCAACCACAAUAUUAUUCCAAAGGCAGAAAGCUGGCAUCAGGACAGACAUCAAUAAACGAUCCAAAAAGACACCCCCUUCAGCGACUGAACUAUGCAAACAAAAAAUAAGCAGGCGAAUAUGUUCCGACACAAACAAGUUUGAUCCGUCUCUGUGGUGAGCAGCCUGUCGAUACUAACGAUGUCAGCGCCGGGUGCCGGUGUACAAACCGCCUCUGAGGGCAGGAGGCGCUGGCCCGGAGGCACCGGGGUCAGCCUGCUGGCACGGGUCGGCCUCCUAAAUGCAUUACUUACUGUAGUGAACUGUUCUGGAAUCAGUGGGCCGCUGUAGAACUCUGGGCGGACCGGCGUCUCAUCACUGACCCUCCCUGAUGGGGGAGGUCCGCUGGGGUCCCAUGGGAGACGGCUUUCAGCUGAGGGGAUGUGGGUGGUCUUAGAUCGGUUGGCCUUGGGCCCCCACUCCAUGCAUAUGUUUUUUAUACAACAUUAUUUUUGUACUACAGUAUAUAACACUCAUAUGUAUCUGUUUAUCUCCCGUUUGAUUUUGCACAGAAAUGCACUAUUGACUGUAACACGUUGACGAUGAGAUGUCACUUUCUUUGAUGUAAAACACGAUGAAGAGCAAUCCCUCUGCAAAAUUGUAUAAAAAUCAAAUGAUGACACAUCUAAAAAUAAAUGAACACAGAACGUUGUUGCACUAUGCAGUGAUAGAACAAGGUGGUUUGUUGUCUGAGUAUGUCUAUACUAUCCUCUAUAAUGCCCCAAUAGAACCCUUAUACAUCCCGGAUUUAAUGCAUCUUACAUCUCAUCUCUGAGGACACACAACUGGUACCUGGUAGCGUCGUUACACUGAUUUAAUUUCUCAUUCAAAACAUAAAAAGGGUGUGAUUCAAAAAAUAUUAAUUUUGCAUUCUGCUCGGUUUGUGUGAGUGCAUGACUGCAGCUGACUGUAUCACUGUUCGGUCUUUGGUGCACAGUGUACGUGCAGAAAUAGAAUUGUACCCUCGUUCAUGUUUGGUGCACGGUGAGCUCGUACACGUUAGCACUGAGCCCUUUGAUGGCAGCCAGCAGCCCCAGGUCUAUGCUAUCUGAACCUCUGGUGUAUUAACAGGACUGAACCAUUAACGUGAGCGACGUUGCUUGUCUUCUUAAUGCAUCGGAGGAUCCCGAUCAGGAGUGGGUUAGAGUCACUCAGAGCUUCCCAACACUGGUGAUGACUAUGCUUUGUUUUGCAACACGAGCUGUUAGCUUUCUUGAUGUAGAAAACCAGUCAGCAGCUUAGGUGUAAAUAGUGACGCAACCACACACACACACACACACACACACACACACACACACACACACACACACACACACACACACACACACACACACACACACACGAGUGUUUUCAUUUUCAGUACUUUCUCUCUCAGUUGAGGACUUUUACCAUCCAUUUGGUUCAGUAUGUGAGUCACAAAUUGGAGGCAAUUUCAUGCAGAAUAAAUGAGUUGUUGAUGUAAGAAUUCAAACACUCCUGAUGAGAGAUUACCAAACGUGCAUUGUUCAACAUAUAUUUUUAUACAACAGAAAAGAAACUGGGGAAAUCACUGUUAUUUUUAUCAUUAUCAUUCCAAUUAUAAUACCUACUAUUAUUCUGCUCUUUUCUGUUUGAUCAAUUGUAAAUAGAACGCUGUUGUCAUGUGAACUGAUGGUCUUAAGCUCAUGUUUUUGUUAGAUUGCAGAAAGCAACACCUCACACAAACACGCACACGCACACACACACAAGGGGAUAGCCAAUGGAAAUGGAAGAUGUGAAUUAUUGUUUAAAACGGGUCCUGAGCUUUGUCCAUUAAAUUAAUAAAACAUAUGAAUUAA